ACUUGUGUGGACCUCUGAGGAGCCCAAACUUUCCUGUAGCAUCAAAGACAUCUAUCUGCUGCACCAAAAGGAAGAGGCUCCUAAAAUUAUUAAAAAGAGGGAAAAAAAGCAGAUUUUUUUUAAAAUCCAUAUUACCACUGAAGAGGGUCUUUCGUGUGGAAGAAAAAAAAAAAAAAAAAAAAUGACAAGUCUACUUUGUAUCACGAUAUUCUCCUUGACCCUGGUUGGCAGCGUGUACAGUCUGCCGACACACUCAGUUAAGAUUUUCGCCGAUCUUGGAGGCAACGUUACUUUGCCGUGUCGUAUGCCGGAAGAAAGCUCCAGCUUCUUUAGCGUCGGUAUCCGAGUGAAAUGGACCAAGCUGGCAGAGGACGAGGCUCUGAAUGAAGACGUGUUGCUUUCCAUGGGCUUCCACAAGAAAACAUACGGGAGCUUCGAAGAUCGCGUCUACCUGCGGGAGUUGGAUAGUGACGACGCUUCCUUGGUGAUAACGGACGUUUCCAUGGAUGACGCCGGAACGUACAGUUGCGAGAUCAUCAACGGGUUUGUCGAUACCAUCCAAGCUAUUGCCUUGGAAGUGAAAAGUGACAUGGCUGACGGUGUUGUGUUCCCCUACUUUCCACCUCACGGCCGCUACAGCUAUAAUUUCGACGAGGCUGUGGAGGCUUGUUUGGAUCAGGACGCGGUGGUCGCCACCUUCGAUCAGCUAUUCAAAGCCUGGGAGGACGGCCUGGACUGGUGCAAUGCUGGCUGGCUGUCUGAUGGUACCGUGCAAUAUCCCAUAACAAAGCCUAGAGAACCAUGCGGUGGUGCCAACAACGGACCCGGCCUCAGAACCUACGGCAGGCGGGACAAAUACAUGGGCCGCUUUGAUGUGUUCUGCUUCACCGUGCCAUUAAAGGGACAUUUCUACUGGCUGACCCAACCCGAAAGACUCAACUUCGUUGAAGCCGUCCAGGCUUGCGUCGACGAUGGCGCCGAGAUCGCCAAGGUGGGUCACAUGUUUGCCGCUUGGAAGCUGGAAGGCUACGAUCGUUGCGACGCCGGCUGGUUGGCCGACGGCAGCGUCCGCUACCCCAUCUCCAGACCUCGCAAGAACUGCAGCCCCACCGAGGCUGCCGUGCGCUUUGUCGGCUUUCCGGACAAGCAAGAAAGGCUCUACGGUGUCUACUGCUUUAGGCCUGAGCCCUGAGGAGCUCGGCUGAAGCCAUGACCGCCAAAGAGUCUCAUCAACCGCAACUCCAAAAAUUACAUAAUCUUGAGUCAAAUGAACAUUAGUACAUCAAAAAACCGUGGUUACCGUUAUCAUAUCAUAUGCAAUGAUUGAUAUAUGCAUCAUUGACUUCUCAGCGACAAGGAGUUGGGGGUCCCCUUCUCCACAAAGUAAUUAUGGAAGGCUUAGCGCUGCUAUGAUCAAAGUGCAAACAUUGAAACCGUUUGUUUGUUUUUUUUAUACAACAUAAUACAAGUUUGCAAUAUAUUCAGCAAAUGUCAGCUUGCACAAAAAGUAAAAGUUCGACUUUGGGUGUGCAGUUUACGUGUUGUAUUGCAUCUUCGAUGCGGUUGGUCUUGUUUGUCAAAGGGGAAGGUCAAAUGAAUGUACACAACUUAGACUGUGAUAUAAGAUAAGAUAAGUCAUGAUUACAAAUCAUGUUUUUGAAAUCGAAGAUCAUUGACAAACCUGGAAUUCCUGAAUCGGGAGUCUCUAUAUUCUCUUACACAUUUUCUUCUGGUCCAUCAUCAGUGUUUUAUACAGACGGAGGAGAAAAUGUGCCCAAUUUUUUUUUACAUUUCUUUCUGUCUUUCUUUUGUUUUUUGUUUUUUUACAAUUCUGACAGCAUUUUCCUACGAAACAAUUUGAAAUUAAAAAAAAAAAAAAAAACAUCUGA